UAUAAAGAACAAACCCAUGGUUUCAAAUGUAGACUCCGUCAUGAAUACGCCAUGAAUAUGUUCUUUUAUUGGUUAUGUUUCGAAGUUGACUCCCAGUACUGGAAAUACAUAGUUUGUGUCACGUAACUAGAGAAUUUCAGCGCUAGCAGUGAAUAUCGGAAUGCAACCUUUUUUGCUAGAAUGAUGGCGGCACUGAGAGUAGCGGGAAAGUGGUCGAUACGUUGCGAAUUCUGAAUAGUAAAAAUAUAGAAUAAAAGUUUCAAUUAACAAGGAAUAACCGAGUUGACAAUUAACAUUGGCGUAAUAUGUGAGCAGAAUAGACUUGUAAAUCUGAAAUUUCGUAUAAAGAUGGAACUUCCACAAGAAUUUCCAUUUCCUUUCCCAGCAUAUGAGAUUCAGAAACAGUUUAUGAAAGAACUCUAUAACUGUUUAGAAGGUGGCAAAUUAGGUCUUUUUGAAAGUCCUACUGGUACUGGAAAGUCUUUAUCUCUCAUUUGUGGCACACUGAAAUGGCUGGUUGAUCAUGAGAAAUACAAAAAGCAGGAAUUAUCUUCUGUAAUUUCAGAGAUAGAUGGUAAAAUAAAAAACUGUGAAAAGCCAUCUGAUGAUUGGUUUUCUGUGCAAACAGAACAGAUACAGUUAAAUGCUGAAAAGCAGAAAUUCCAAGCUAAACUAAAUGCAAUUCUUGAGUUUGAGAGUGAGAAAGAAAAGUUUAAGAAAAUAAUUGAAUUAAAUAAAACUUCAAAAACUAAAGCAACUCAGAAAGUAAGACAACAAUUUAGAAUUUCACAAAAAAAAUCUACAGAUCAUAGUAAAACAGAAGAAAUAGACUCUGAUGUUUGUAAUACCGAAAAGGAUCUUAUUCUGGAAGAUCCAUUGUCAAACUCAGAAAGUUCUGAAGAAGAAGAUGAUAAGGAAGAAUCAUCAUUUAAGAAUACUAAGAUAUUUUUCUGUUCUAGAACACACUCACAGUUGACACAGUUUGUGCAUGAAUUACAGAGAUCUCCUUAUUCUCAGGAUAUUUCUGUGGUACCACUAUCAUCAAGACAAAAUUACUGCAUCAACAAAAAUGUCAAGAAGUUAAAGCAUGUAAGUUUGAUUAAUGAGACAUGCCUUCAGUUACAAAGGAAGAAAACUACAGUUAAAAAGGAAAAAGAUCUGAAGAAAUCAAAAACUGCAAGUGGCUGUCCUUUUAUACCAGGUGAUCAAAAGUUAUUGAUGGCUGAAGUACUAACAAACAUUCAAGAUAUCGAAGAAAUUGUGCAGAAAGGCCAAGAGAAUAAUACUUGUCCAUAUUAUGGCUCGAGAAAAUCUGUGCAGAAUGGACAGUUGAUUUUGGUUCCAUACAAUUCUAUUCUACACAGGAAUACUAGGAUCAGCUUAGGAAUAGAUUUAAAAGAAAGUGUACUAAUUAUAGAUGAAGCCCAUAAUUUAUUGGAUGCCAUUGAAGGAAUGUAUAGUUCUGUUAUUACAGGAAGAAAUUUGCUUCACUGCUACAGUCAACUGUCCCAAUAUCAGAAAAAAUUUGAAUCUUUAUUCUCAGCCAAGAGCGUGCUGUUCUUAAAUCAACUAAGCUUUUGUUUGAAGAAGUUUCUAAUCCUUUUUGGAGCAACUAUAAACUCUCAUCCUAAUGAUGAAGUCAAUAAGACUAUAGUACCCAAAUUAUACAAACUAGAAGAAUUCGAGCUACUUACAGAGAUUGAUACAGUCAACAUAUUCAAGCUAUUAGAAUUUGUUAAAGCUUCGAAACUCGUUCAUAAACUGCAAGGAUUUGUCGAGCAGUAUGGUAACAAUGUGAAAAUUGGUGAACAGAAGGUAAUGAAGUCUGGAAUAACAGAAUUUUUAAAUUCGAUCAAAAAUAAAGAUGCACUAUCUCAAGAAGCAUCUAGUGUCGCGGAUGCACCGAAUAACAAUGAAGAGCCAAUGAGCAAUCCCUUGAUGGCAAUCUUAAGCUUUUUGGAAUCCCUGAAAAGUAGCUGCUUAGAUGGUAGAAUAUAUGUUUUACCUAGUGCCACUAUUGGACAAGGGAUUAUAAAAUUUUUGCUAUUAAAUCCUGCAGCACACUUUCAUGAUAUUGUGGAAGAUGCCAGAUCUGUGGUGCUAGCUGGUGGUACAAUGGAGCCAAUGUCUGAAUUCAUAGAUCAGUUAUUCCUGAUGGCUGGUGCUACGAUAGAUAGAAUAAUGACGUUUUCGUGCGAUCACGUGAUUCCUAAAGAAAAUAUUAUAUCCAACGUUGUGAUGCGUGGUCCUACUGGAAUUGAAUUUGAGUUUAGCUUUCAUAAUCGUCAAGAUACAAAAUUACUGGAUGAACUGGGUAGAACUUUGAUAAAUUUAUGUAACAUUGUACCAGCUGGAGUCAUAGUGUUUUUUCCAUCUUACAAAUUUGAAGAUACAGUGUUUAAGCAUUUAAGUAAAUCUGGUGUCAUAUCAAAGAUUUCUGCAAAGAAAUGUAUCUAUCGUGAGCCAAAAUUAGCAUCACAAGUAAGUGUAAUAUUGGACCAAUAUGCACAUUCCAUCAAGAAUCCGCAAUCUCCAUGCAAUGGAUCAUUGCUGUUUAGUGUAGUUGGUGGCAAAUUGAGUGAAGGUUUAAAUUUUUCCGACGAUUUGGGUCGAUGUGUUAUAGUCGUUGGCUUGCCAUAUCCCAACAUCAAGUCAUUAGAAUUACAAGAAAAGAUGAAAUACUUAAACGAAAAUGUGAAACCAGAUGCUGGGAGUAAAUUUUAUGAAAAUUCUUGUAUGAAAGCAGUGAAUCAAUGCAUCGGCCGAUCCGUACGUCAUAUAAAUGAUUACUCGACUGUCGUGCUGUUAGACAAACGCUAUUGUCAUAAAAUCAAAGUACUACCACAAUGGAUUCAACGUUCCGUGAAGAUCAACGAAUCAUUUGGAUCUGUAAUUAGUAGCAUCGCAAAAUUUUUUGCAACGAAGAGAACCAAAUAAGUUUUGAUCUGCGAAAUAAUAGCUUCGUGUUAUGUAAAUUUAAGAGAUUACUAAAUUAUUAUGAAACAAUACUCAAUAAACUCAUUAAAUACUUUUGUAAUGAAAUCACAACUAUAACAA